CAGGUAUUCAAACGACGGAAAGGGGGGACAAUAAAGCUACAGAAUAAAGUUCCCACAAUGUUAUCACGGCUUGCUUUAGCCGUUUUGGCUGUCUUUGUAACUUCAACGGCAGCUGCUCUUAUAGACGAAUGUAUGCUAGACAAUACAGCAGGUUGUCCCAAAACCAGACCUCCUAUUUAUAUGGUGAUUGUUCCAAAGAAGAUCCGCCCCAAUCAAGUUAUUCAAAUUUUUGCAAGCAUUUUAAAAUUGGAGUACAGUCAUGUCAAUGUGAAAGUUUCUAUUGUGAAAGAGAAUGUGGCAUAUGCUGGAACUUCGAUGAAAUUUGACCGCGCUUCCAGUAGAAUUAUGCAACUGCAGAUGCCUCAAAAUGCCCCAGCUGGUUCCUAUAAACUACGAGUAGAAGGAACUUUAAAUGGUGGAAUUAGUGGAUAUAUAUUCUAUAAUGAGACAGAUAUUCUGUUUGAUACUAAGCAAGCUUCAUUGUUUAUUCAAAUGAGCAAACCUCUUUAUAAACAGGGACAGUUAGUUCAAUUCCGUGUGAUUCCAAUUCUACCAAACAUGAUGCCUAAAUAUGGAAGUAUGACAGUUUACAUUGAUGCUCCUACAGGAAUACCAGUCAGACGAUGGUUAGGUUUACAAACAAAUGCUGGAGGUAUUGUUAGUCAAUCGUUCCGGCUUUCAGAUCAGCCAAGCUUUGGCAACUGGUCGAUUAGAGUUGUUGCCUUUGGUCAUACAUACAGAAAACCCUUUACAGUUGAAGAAUUUUGGGAACCAAGAUUUGAUGUUAAUGUAUCUGUACCGCCAUAUUUAACUGAUACAGCAGAGAAAAUCAGUGGUGUAAUGUUGGCUAAUCAAACAUCUGGUAAACCUGUAACUGGUAACGCAUCUAUAACAAUGUAUUUUAAACCACCCAAUUCUCCAGCUUAUGGCGAUUAUCCGUAUAUUUACCGCUUUUACAAUUACCAUACAGGAAGAAUUGAUUUUGAAUUCACAAUGCAGGAAAUCCGUGAAUUAGCAAAUCGUAGAUUUGUUGGGCAAAAUCUUAUUGAUAGUGAAUUAAUAUUUCAUGUCAAUGUAUCUGAUUGGGAUUCUGGAGAAAAUCGGACAGGAAUGGCUAGUUCAAUCAUCUUUAAUUCUCGCAUCAAAUUACAGUGGAUUGGUGAUCGUGUUCGGACUUUUAAACCAAAUUCAGUUAUGAAAGUUGCUGUGGCUGUUAUGAAUUACGAUGGAACACCAGUAAAUACCAAUAAUCGUAUUGUACGAUUAUAUCCAACCAUAUCUAGUUCUGGUUCAGCAGCUAGUGCAAGAUACGAUAAUCCUAUACAAGUCCAACCUGUAAAUGGGAUUGCUGAAUUCCGUAUAUUUGCUUCAGCUGAGGCUGAGAGUAUGUUGUUACAGGCUGACUAUGAUGAUGAUCCAACCGCUACGAAAAUAGAAUUACGAGCAACAAGAUAUAAUUCGCCAAGUAACAGCUAUAUCGUUGUUGAAACUUCUACUACUCAUCCAAAGGUGAAUGAAUACAUGAUAUUCCAUGUAAAAACCAGUAGUUUUGUACCAAGAAUAUUUUACCAGGUUAUAUCUGGUGGUAAUAUUGUCAUUGGUGAUGAGUUAGAAAUGACAUCAAGACAGAAAACAUUUGCAAUAGCAUUGUCCCGUGAGAUGAUUCCUACAGCUAGAAUUGUUGUUUUCUACAUUCGACAACCUGAAGAAGUUGUUGUUGAUGUUUUAAAUUUCUUUGUCAAUGGAACUCGGCAAAAUCAGGUGAAAUUAAAUUUAAAUCGAGGAAAAGAUUUCAGUCGGGAUACUUUGGAAUUCAAUGCCUAUGCUGAUCCCGGAUCCUAUGUUGCCUUUGCUGCCAUGCCUCAUGAUUUGUUUAUUCGAGGUUUGAAUGAUGGAAUUAGUGAGAAUAAUCUCAUUGAUGAAUUGGGAACUUAUGAUCAACCAGCUAAUGGUAGCUACAGACAUCUAUGGCGAAUCACUGAUACAGAAUAUGAAUAUAAAUUCUUCCAUGCUAAUGGUUACGGUAUUGAUGCCAAUACAACUUUUGAUACGGCUGGUUUAAUGGUUUUAACAGAUGCCAGAUUAGACAGAGUACUAAAUUCAGAUAGAUGUGAUCGUAAUAUAGACCAGUAUCCAUGUUUUACUGGUGAAGCUCAGUGUUUUAGUUUAAAACAGAAAUGCGAUGGUAACUUUGAUUGUACAGAUGGAGCUGAUGAAUGGGGAUGUGUAUUUGAAGACGAUAGAUUAAUUCAUCGAACUGCUAUGGACAGAGUUAGUCGUGUGAUGCGUUUCUAUGAUGAUAGCUCCUGGGCCUGGCAAGAGAUAUUUGUCAAGCCAGACGGUAGAGUGGACUUCCGAGUAGAUGUUCCCAAAUAUCCAUUAUCCUGGGUCAUCAAUGGAAUAUCUGUUAGUAGAGAAAUUGGUCUUGGUAUCAUGCAGCGUCCUAUUAAAUAUGAUGCAGCUCGUUAUAUGUAUAUACAAGUUGAAACACCUGAUGUUGUUGUUAGAGGUGAGCAGAUUGGUGUACGAGUUACUGUGUUUAAUCACUGGUAUACCGAUGACUACAUCGAGGUUUUGAUUACAAUUCAUGAUGAUCCACAGUAUGAUUUUGUACUAGUUGAAGAUAUGGGUAUUGUUAGUUCAUAUGCUCCACGCACACACAAUGGUGAUCAUCAAACUUUAUUAUUUUUGGAACCUGGUCAAGCUAGAGAUAUUUACAUGCCAAUUGUUCCUAAAAUUAUUAAAGGACAAUUUGAAUUGAAAGUAUCUGCUUCCUGUUUUAUGGAAAGAGAUGAAGUCAGAAAAACAAUUCAUGUUAAGCCUGAUGGUGUGGAGAAUUAUUUCCACACACCAUAUUUGAUUGAUUUGAUUCGAUAUGGUUCCCUGAUUAUUCCUGAUUUUGAUGUGCCAGUUCCAGAACAGUUUGUGGUACCAGAACAGAGAGAACAUCUUUAUGUGCCUGGUUCGGCUGUGGCUCACCUUAGUCUUUUUGGUGAUGUUGUUACCCCUGGAUUCUUUGAAGAUUAUUUAAAUGCUGAAAAUAUUUUACAUCGACCAUAUGGAGGAGGAGAAAUGAUCACAUUCAAUUUUGCCUAUAAUUUGAUAACUUUACGAUUCAUGAAAGCAUCACAGCAGUUGUCUGAUGAGGUCUUGAAGGUUGGACUCAGAAACAUGAAUAUUGCCAUGCAGAGGCAAUUAGGUUAUAUGCAUAAAGAUGGUUACUUCUUCAUGUUCCGAGAUGAUCCUAAACCCAAUAUAUGGUUGACAGCAUUUGCAACUAAAACUUUCCAUUCAGCAAGAUUUGGAGAAUGGGAGAGAGAUUUAUUUAUUCCGAUAGAGUUGAUUAAUAGAAUGGUGUUAUGGUUAUGUUCCCAACAAAACACAACAACAGGAGCUUUUGAUCCCAGUGAUAUAGCUUUUGACAGAAAAAUGUCAUCUUAUGAAGCAAUCAAAGAUGAACAGAUGUAUACCCACCCUAUACCUCUUACAGCCUAUGUUUUAAUAGCUCUUUAUGAAACCACAGAUGUCUCUGGUGAUGCCCUUGCUUGUCUGGACUCAGUCCGAUCAAAUGCUGCAAAUUAUUUAUCUGCUAAAGUGGUUGAGAUCCCGUCUACAGAAAUAUUCCAUCUAGCUAUCACAGCUUAUGCUCUGUCUCGGAGUCAAGAAAAGAGUAAAACUGCUUUUAAUAGAUUAAUGAGCAACAAAAAAAAAAGUGAAGAAAUUUAUUUUGCUGAUCAAGAGGUACCAGUUAACCCAAGUCAAAUUAUUAAUACUGUUAGAUUUUUAUUAAAUCGUCAAGAAUUGAUGAAUGAUGGAUACGCUGUCCAAUCCACAGCAUAUGCUUUAAUGGCUCAUAUAGACAAUAAUGAAAACAAAUUGGAUCGUGAUUCUAUGAUGAGAUGGUUACAAACAAUGAGAAAUAGUAUUGGUGGAUUUGCUUCUACACAAGAUACAUUGGUUGCUAUGGAAGCUUUGUUCAAGUUUACACAGGUUGAUCCUAAUCGUAAUGUAUUUGAAUUGAUGGUCCAAUUAGAAUCUACAGCUACAGCUAACUGGAAAGUCAAUAAAUUUAUCAGUAAAAGAAAUUACACCAGGUUACAGAGUGCUUAUAUACCAGAGGUAUGGGGAGCAAUGAGGAUAUUAACACAAGGUACAGGACGAGCUCUUAUGCAGCUUACUACUACUGUGAAUGUUGAAUAUCCAUGGUUAUUGAAACCUACACAAGAUGAAAUACAAUUCUUUGAUUUGAUGGUUGACGAGCUUAAAUAUCAUGGGAGGAAUUUUUCCAUUAUGGAAAUGUCUAUAUGUGCCAGUUGGGUGUAUACAGAGAAAAGUUUAACAAGUGGUUUAGCCGUAAUAGAAGUUGACAUACCAACAGGUUAUGUUGUGAUGAAUGAUACACUCCGUGAUUACGUUCAAUCAGGAAUUGUACCUAAUUUAAAAAGAGCUGAAUUUUACAAUAGAAAAGUUGUAUAUUACUUUGAUUAUCUUGAUGUGAGCAAGACUUGUGUGUUUUUACGAGGCAGUCGUUGGUAUCCUGUAGCGAAUGCAACAAUUCAACACAGAAUGCGAGUUUAUGAUUAUUAUGAACCAGGGAUGCACAAUACAUCUAUGUAUACGACAUAUGGAUUAUUUAAUUUAAAUGUCUGCUUUGUUUGUGGUUCCUACCAGUGUCCUUACUGUCCCUCCUUUAAUGUUGCCUCGGCCAUAAAGGCAUCAAUAUCAUUGCUAUGUCUGAUAUUGGGAUAUUUUAGUCGACAGUAUAUAUUGCGAUCCUGAUUUUUGUAAAAUAACAGUUUAAAUUUUAAAACAUUGUAAUCAUUUUCUUUUAGUAAGAAAGGCUCAUUUUAGUAAUUUUCAUUGUUAUCCAGAAAUGUUAAUAUUUUCUUGCACAUUCCUGUACAAAAAUUUCUAUAUAUCCUACUUUUUGAAUAUUUUUUAAAAACAAUUUUUAACAGGCAAAGUUCAUUUUCCAAUGCUACUUUUAAUAUAUUUGUACAUGUAAAUCUGUCCAAAUCAAAGAUAUUCUGUCAUUCAAUAUAACAAAAAUGUGCCUACAGAUUAUUAUUUCAUGGGACAUUUUUGAAUAUGAUUAUACACAUAAAAAAAAAACAUUUUGAAAUGGUAGCUAUUUAUUUUGAAUAUUCUUAUUGUAAAUUAGUUAUUUGAAAUGUUAAAUUUGUACAGAAAAUAUUAUUUUGAAAUUUGAAAAGGGUUUUUUUUGCCAAUCUUUGAUCUGAUAGAUUACAGACAUUUUUAGCAAAAACUUGCCAUUUACAUACUGAAUAGAUUGCAGUAAAUAAAAGCUAUGAUUCAGUGCUAAAUUCCUUUGAUUCAGUGCUAAAUUCCUUUUUCCUUCCCUUUUGUAUAAAAAGAGAAAUGAAUCUAUAUUUUUGCUCAUUGUAUAUUGCAUCUGGUCUGUUUUUAUGUGUUAAUAGAUUUAACAUAAUGUUUACAUAGAUUUGUUAAUAGAUUUAACAUAAUGUUUACAUAUACAGGGAAAUAAGCAUACCUAGAAUAAUGACAUGAAAACAACAAAAUUGAAGUCUUAACAAUUUUAUUGUUGUCCCCUUUUAAAUUGCUCAUCUUAUAUGAUAUGCUGUUGUAUAUAUUGCAUUUUUCAUCCUGUAAAUUUAGAGACAGCCAUGCUUAUGGUUACUUUUUUUGUAAUUAUUUUUUCAUAAAUAUAAUUUAGGAUACUAAUUAAUUUGUAUAUAGAUUUUGUAAUCAUAUUUUUAAACAUUGUAAUUCUUUAUUAGUUACUUGAAAAAUCAAUCAUAUUAUAUGUUUAAAACAUUCCUUUAUAAUACUUAUA